AUGGGAAGCAUGAGCAGAUGGUUAGACGUAGAAGCAGGAGCGGACGAUAUAAAUAUUAAUACAUUACCUACAAAUGUUACCUUUUCGGAUCUGCAAAAUGAUAAUGAGGUUAAACUUAUUAUUGGAGAUUUCGGAAGAGGCGAUGAUGGGCCCAGACUUAAAAUUUUUAAAGGUGCCAUGCAGAUAUCAGACUUGACUUUACCAGAUCUACCUUUGGGUGUAGUCAGUUUUUAUGCUGUUGAUUCAAAUCCUCGUCCUCAACCCGUGAUUGCUGUUGCUUUCAGCUCCUCCGUACACUUUUAUAGGAAUCUGAAAUUGUUUUACAAAUAUUAUCUACCUAGUGUCGAACUUAAUGCUGGCGAAUUAGAUAUUUGGAAACAGCUUACAAAUCCAUCCAACCAUAACGAAGUAAUAAUCCUAAAACUCACAGAGAGCCUACAUAACAUGCCUCAUAAAGUGUUAAGCAUACAAUCUAGGGACUUUCUAACUUUAACAUUUGACGAACAGCUGGAAUACCUGGAAAAUACUCGGGAGUUACCAAAGAGGAGGAGCGGAGAAAUAGUGUGCAUUUCAAGUAUUAAACUCUCUUCAGUUGAUAAACAUGCUGUAAGCUGUCUGGUUCUGGGUACAGAGGAUGGAGAGGUUAUCGUGUUGGACUCACAGACGUUCACACAGACAAAUGUGGUCAAUAUAAGUCCUGUUAAGAAAACACCGUUUCAAAUAGUAACGACCGGAGUAUACAAUGUGGAUUACAGAAUAACUGUCGCUACAAGGGAAAAAAGUGUCUGUUUGCUAAAAAGAGACUGGAAAGCGGGACGUAUUUUAUUUAAUACUGACGACCACAUCAUUGCUAUUGAAGUUUUUACCACAGAUAAUAGCGUUUUAGUUAUAUGCGCCGAUAAAACCUUCUCUUGUUACAAUCGUAAGGGUAGAAAACAAUGGUCUUUAAUCCUGGAGCAUCGUCCUAUUUGUCUUACUCUUGUUCCAAUAUCUCACUUGGGCAUGACAUUGUCCGCGGUGGCGCUAGUGUCUGGCCACGUGACGCUUUACGACGGAAAAUAUCCUAGAGAUAAUAUAUUUAUUAGAGGUGGCCAUCUUCUAUUGAAAAUAUUAAAACGCACGGCUGAUUUCAAUUCAAACUCCACGGGGAUUGAAUCCUCUGAAGCUAAUAUCAGUCAACGACCAUGGCUCAUACCGAAGAAAUCGAAACUGUUCCUGGAACAAGCUAUGAGGGAAAGAGAGAAUCCUAAAGCAAUGCAUGAGGCGUUUCAGCAAGAAUUAAACCGUCUGCGUUUGUUGACGGCUCAGACUCUUUUGGAGGCGUAUAGGAAGUCGGAUAACUUCGUUGGAGCUGGCAAUAUGGAACCCAUCAGAUUAUCCGCUGAGGUGGAAGGUCUAGGUCCCGUGUUCGUGGUGACCCUGAUAGUUCACAACACGAGCUCGGAGCGAGCUGUCUCCGGCCUAUCAGUGUUAUUCCAGGUCAUCUCUACUGGAUAUAGGGUCCAUACGCCAUAUAUCAAGGUACCACUGAUAGCGCCAGGAAAUCAGUUGAAGUUUCCAAUUAAAGUAGAGGAAGUAUUCAGUGAGAACGUGAACCCGGAUGUAUUUUUUCGUAAUGUGACGGGUCAGGCGGGUGACGGGUCAGUUAUUAAAGUGUUACUUCUGAAGGAAGGUAAAGUUAGCCCUGUUCUAGCGGCGACAGUGACCAUGCCUCCAACGGACCCCAUGAUGAUACCAUACGAUAAACUUGAGACCUCCAACUUUGGACAGAACAUAUCCCAAAAAUAA